AUGCAGGAAAACCAGUUUGAAGAGGACGAGCUCUUGAAAGAGGAAAGAAUAUCCGCAGAGAAGUAUGCAAAAAGCCUUGCAAAAUACGAGAAUGCGCUUGCACUAGAUCAGCCAUCUACGUUUAUGAAGGUCCUUAAGGUUCCAGGGAUUGUAUUUUUUGCUGUUGUUGGGGGAUACAUACUAGGAUGGCUUGAGUUUCGCCCGUGGGUGAUUAUUCCUCUGCUGUACAUCAUAGGAUUCGUGUUCAUCAUGCGCAUUAAGGAGUUCAAAAGAAGCAUGGAGGCAUUUGUGUACUUUUCAAUUAGAAAACAAACCGUGUCAAAGUAUGAGAAGGUGGACUGGAUGAACGAAGUGACUGAGAAGGCAUGGAGGUUUGUAGAGUCAACGCUUUCCAAGGUGAUUCUUCUUCGGAUUAGUACGAUACUGCGAAAAGUCAAGGUUCCUAUGGUCAGCGACAUUAGGCUGGAUAGAUUUACAUUGGGAGGACAAGCGCCUGUAAUAGAGGGAAUUCGUAUAAGACAGUCGUGCAGAGACUCUCUAAUUGUAGAUGCCACGAUGCAUUUCAUUCCAUCUGUGUCAGAGGAACUACAGACCACCCUUGGAACCCCGGGGGAUAACCAGAUCAGCUGGAACUCCAAUAUUACGUUUACCAUUCGCGUGGGAGGGUCCUCUGCUGGGAUAGACAUGCCGGUCACGCUAAAAAACAUGUCGUUCCGCGGAAGCAUGCGUAUUAAACUUAAUUUUACAUACGAUGCAAGUGUUAUAGAGGGCGUUGAGUUUUCUUUUUUGAAGCAGCCAAUCAUUGAGUUUAAUAUUGUUCCGCUUAAAAUGCUUGACAUAAUGGAUGUGCCAGGCCUUGGCACAGCAAUAAAAAAGGUAAUUGAGCUUGGAAUAGCCAAGGAAAUGCUUUAUCCAAAGCGCAUUUCAGUUGCACUCAAGCCAAAAUCAAAGUACUAUGUGGGUGCUAUUUCAGUGCACAUACACAGAGUUUGCACAAAGAUAAAGAAAGACUGGCUGCUAUCGGUUGGCCUAAACGGGCGAAAAGGGCAGUUUGUAACAGAAAUUACCGGCGAAGACACAAACUAUGUAGCAUACCUGCCAAUUAAAAACAUUGAUGACUUAAUUUACAUCUUCAUCCAAGGAAAAGAGGAAAAGGGGCCUGCCUCCACUGCCACACUAUCGAUUGAAAGGAUAUGCAUGCAGUCCCGUAUGCAGGGAAUUUUCCCAUUUUCAAACAGGCAGGGAUAUAUCGACGCAUCCUUUUUAUACCAUCCAAAGAUAGAUGUGGAUAAUAAUCUAUCAGAGGAAACCCCAAAAUCUGCAAUUGUAACAGUAAAGCUUGCGCAGCUGAUAGAUAUGGUGGAUGUUAUGGGCAUGCCAUACAAAAGCCUCACGGUUCGGGCCACUGUAUACAUGCGGCAGAAAAGAACCAAGAACAAGGACCCUGCGUACAUGUCUGCAACAGAGCUUAUGCCUGAGGAAAACGAUGCGGUAAGUCCCGGGUUUUCAGUAACAAACGAAUCCUCUACAGACUCUGAUGAAGAGCUUAAGAAGAAUCCUGAUAAAAAAACCCCAGAAAAUGAAGAGCUUGGUGUUUUUACCACAUCAACUGCAAGAAACAUAACAAGUCCUGCGUUUGAUGAGAAGUUCGUGUUCUUUACUAGAGACACAAAGCGCACUAUAAUAUCAAUUGAGGCUUUGGAGAAAAAGAGAGUGAUUGGAAGCUUCAGUGUAAAUAUUCGUAGAGGAAUAUCAAUCUCCUACGGAACAUUUGACUUUUGGCACAUGCCAGCAGGACGGGCGAAGCUUCUGUUCUCUGCAGAGUACUCCUGCAUGACUAAGAUUAAAAUGCAGAAGUACACACAUAUUCGGGUUGUGAAAGUGAAUAGCAUUGAAACAGAAGGUGUUUUCUCUGGAUAUCUUGUUACAUCUGGUCGAGUUGUGCCAGUUGAGCCCUUUUUCUCGCACUGCACAGGAGAGUACUCUGGCCUUACACUUGUGCCCCUUUUAUCUACAGAAGAAAUAACCAAAUAUGUUGCUUACAUGAAAGAUGAAGUAUAUGGUGGGUGUGACGUGAUAAGCGGGGAGUCAUAUAUUGGCGACUCGCGCAUUGACAUGGAUGUGGUAGAUUAUGCGCUUUACAACCACGAGAAGCCGCACGUGCAGGCAGAAACAGAAGCAUAUUCCAAUGAAGAAAGGCAGGAAACAGCAGAACCGAGUAAAGAAGAGGACAAGGAGAUGGAGGCAUCUAGCAUCCAGCACGUUCACUCAGGCGAUUCAUCUGGAUUAAACGAAGACCAGGAUACGCCUCACAUGAAGUCUUUAUUUGUCCAAAUGCGCGUAGUUGUGUGCAGAGUAAAUCAUCCGAUUUUCCUUGAGUUUUCUAAAGGAGAUGUUGUUGUUGACCGAAGUGUUUCUAGCAGCGGAAAAAAACUGCACGGCGAAUUUUUCUUCUUUAGCAGCGAUGUGACCAUCUCGGUCUUCACUGUGAAAGAAGGAUUUCUAAUUGGAAAGUUCCAUCUGUGUAAACCAAGCGGGAGGCAUGAGAUAAAGCUCACUCACGGCCAGCUGUUUGUUAUAGAUGUUAAUAACAGAUAUUACAAAGGCCCCUCCCUUCUCCCCAUACAAGCCGGCACGCUUUCAGUUACCAUUCUUGAGAUGAAGAUAGCGGAGCUGCAGGAGCCAAAUGUAUACUCCAGUAUAUUUAUAGAGAUUGUUGUGGGUGAUAAAUCCAAAAUCACAAAGCCAAGUGAAGAAAUUAUGCUGCCAAAGUUUAAUGAAACUUUUGAGUUUCCAGUUUUCACGCCGCUUGACAGAGUUGAGAUUAAAGUCUAUGGGUGGACCCUUUUAAAGGAGAAGAAGUUCUUGGGGGAGACAGAACUGCCGUCCAAGGCGAUUCCUCUAGGCACCUCAUCCUUUGCUGCAGACAUUCCAGCAAUGUCUAUAGACAGCACCGCUGCUAUAUAUAAAUUAAAUGCAAAUAUGAUUUUAUAUGAAAAUGGAAGAGUAUGA